GCAGCCCCGCAGCCUCCUGCGGCCGUGGGGUCCGUGCGGAGCGGCGCCGCGCCCGGUGCGAAUCGGCUCCCGCGGCGGCUCCCGGCGGGGAAGCGGCGGCCUCCAUGGUGCCGCCGGCGCUGCUGCUGCUGCUGCUGCCGCUGCCCUGCGCGGUGCUGGCGCUGCUCGGGGCCGAGGGCGGCGGCGGCGGCGGGCAGGAAGCAGAAAACCUGCUCGUUCUUACUGUUGCCACCAAGCAAAAUGAGGGAUUCAGACGCUUCAGAAGAUCAGCCCAGUUCUUCAACUACAAAGUCAAGGUGCUGGGGCUGGAUGAGGAGUGGCAGGGUGGAGAUGAUAAGAAGCCAGCAGGAGGUGGGCAGAAGGUCCGUCUCUUGAAAUCAGCUUUAAAGGAUUAUGCAGAUAAGGAAGAUUUGAUCAUCCUUUUCAUAGAAAGCUAUGAUGUGCUCUUUGCAUCAGGCCCCACAGAGCUGCUGAAGAAGUUCAAACAAGCCAAGAGCAAAGUUGUCUUCUCAGCAGAGAACUACAUCUAUCCUGACAGAAAGUUGGAAGCCAAGUACCCUCAGGUGCGAGAUGGAAAGCGCUUUCUGGGCUCUGGAGGCUUCAUAGGCUAUGCUCCAAACCUGAACAAGCUUGUGGAGGACUGGAAGGGAAAAGACGAUGACAGUGACCAGCUCUUUUAUACCACUGUAUUCUUGGAUCCAGAAAAAAGAGAAAGUAUCAACAUCAGCCUAGACCAAAGAAGCCGUAUCUUCCAGAACCUGAAUGGAGCAUUAGAUGAGGUUGUUCUGAAAUUUGAAAAUGCACAAGUGAGAGCAAGAAACUUGUUGUACGACACUCUGCCUGUGGUGAUUCAUGGAAAUGGACCCACCAAGCUGCAGCUGAACUACCUGGGAAACUACAUUCCUCAAAUAUGGACAUUUGAGACCGGCUGCACUGUGUGUGAUGAAGGCCUGCGAAGCCUCACAGGGUUUAAGGAUGAUGCAUUGCCUCUGAUUCUGAUUGGCAUUUUCAUCGAGCAACCCACUCCAUUCCUCUCACAGUUCUUCUUACGGCUUCGUAACCUCCGUUAUCCAAAACAACGUAUCCAGCUCUUCAUUCACAACAAUGAACAACAUCACCUGGAACAGGUGGAUUCAUUUGUUGAGAAGCAUGGCAAAGAAUAUCUUGCCGUUAAAGUGAUUGGCCCAGACGAUGAGGUGGAGAAUGCUGAGGCACGUAACUUGGGCAUGGAUUUGUGCAGAAAGGAUCCUGACUGUGACUAUUACUUUAGUUUGGAUGCUGACAUUGUUCUGAAGAACACAGAGACUCUAAGGAUCCUGAUUGAACAGAACAAGCUGGUGAUUGCCCCACUGGUAAGUCGGCAUGAGAAGUUGUGGUCAAAUUUCUGGGGAGCACUGAGCCCUGAUGGGUACUAUGCCCGCUCAGAAGAUUAUGUGGAUAUUGUUCAAAGGCGGAGGGUUGGACUUUGGAACGUUCCCUAUAUCAGUGGUGCUUACAUGGUUAAAGCCAAUGCUCUGCGAUCAGAGCUUGACCAGGGAGAUCUCUUCCACAGCGGAAAGCUGGAUGCUGACAUGGCUUUCUGCCACAAUGUUCGGAAUCAGGGAGUCUUCAUGUACUUGACAAAUCGGCAUCAGUUUGGACACAUACUCUCUCUGGAGAAUUAUCAGACAACUCAUCUCCACAAUGAUCUCUGGCAAAUAUUCAGCAAUCCUGAGGACUGGAGAGAAAAGUACAUCCAUGAAAACUACACAGCAGCUCUGAAAGGGAAAUUGGUGGAAGUGCCCUGCCCAGAUGUUUACUGGUUCCCCAUAUUCACUGAGGCUGCAUGUGAUGAGCUGGUGGAAGAAAUGGAACAUUAUGGCCAGUGGUCCACAGGUGACAAUACGGACAGCAGAAUACAAGGGGGAUAUGAGAAUGUCCCAACUAUUGACAUCCACAUGAACCAAAUUGGCUUUGAAAGAGAGUGGUAUAAGUUUCUUCUGGACUAUAUUGCACCCAUCACAGAGAAACUGUACCCAGGAUACUAUACCAAGACUCAGUUUGAGCUAGCCUUUGUAGUUCGCUACAAACCUGAUGAGCAGCCUUCUCUAAUGCCUCAUCAUGAUGCUUCCACCUUUACCAUUAACAUUGCUCUGAACCGAGUUGGAAUAGACUACGAGGGAGGAGGCUGCCGGUUCCUGCGCUACAAUUGCUCCAUUCGAGCUCCACGGAAAGGCUGGACCCUAAUGCAUCCAGGACGACUGACGCACUAUCAUGAAGGCCUUCCAACCACCAAAGGGACCCGUUAUAUCGCAGUGUCCUUUCUUGACCCCUAGAGCCAUGCUUCACAAGAAGGAUCUUUCCCUGGCCCCGCUCACUGCUGAUUUUGAGUGGAAGCAGGGAAUGCUACUGAGAGUCUCCAAGGCAUUGAUCAAAGCUAUUUGGAUAUUGAUUUUUAAUGAUAUUUUAAGACUCCACUACUGGAAGAUCUCCCUCUCUGAUACUGCAGGUAAUAUCUAGGAACGUUGCUGUAGAAUUUGGAAGGAGAUUUUGUGCCUUCAUUUCUGAUUCUUCUCCUCAUCCACUGUUUCUUGGAAAUGUGAUUUACUUGAAACUUCACUUCUCGGUUGGCUUUACAGAAAUGCUUUCUUGGACUGGAAAUCCAGCUCUCCAAGUAGCUGGAAGCCCAUUUCCAUCCACUGCAUAUACAGGAAUGGACAUUAGAGAAUCAUUUCUGGACACUAUUCCAAAUAUAAAAUCAGUCAGGGAGUUGGCUCCAGGAGUCAUAACAGUUAAAUAUAAUACCAGAUGAAAUUCAGUAGCAAGAGCCUGAAAUUCAUCUGAUUCCUUACCUCUUUGUAUUCAUUGGAAAAAUAACAUAAAGUUCAAAGCAGCAGCAGUGGCCACCUAGGUGCUUUCGGUUAGCUAAAGGAAGGUAUGCUUAUUAUACUUUACCUCUGAGAUUAGGCUGAAGAGAUGAAAAAGAAAAAGAAAAAAAGAAAAAGAAAAAAAAGAAGAUAGCCUCCCUAUCUUCUAUUAUUGCAGCUAGAAGACAAAUUCAGACCAGGUCAGUAUGUGUAGAUAAAAUGUAAGAAAGGGAAGGCUGAGAACUAGAUCUGCCAGGAGGGCUUUAUUGCUGAAUCAGCUCAGCUCUAUCCCAUUAUCAAGUUUGUCAAAAGUUCUGAUUCAUCUGAUAACAAUCCAGAGGCCGCAGUGGUUUUGAUGACCUCAUUCCUGUUUUAGAGAUCUUUUUGAUAAUUUUCUUUGCAUCUAACUUGAAUGAGCCAUCACUGUAAAACAACUGUUCUCUGGUAGUUAGAGAUAAAUUUUCAGCAUUUCCAUUAUUUGAAAUUCUCAGAGAAAAUACUCCACUGUAGACACUUCUGCAGUGGGGUCGAGGCUGAUAAAAGUGUGUGAUUAGAAAGUGUCGUGAGAUUAUGGUGAACUGGUGGGUAUAAAAAUCCAUCUAGGAUAGAAUCAUGGUUUAUGUAUAUCAGAGGGAGAACGAGGAGAAACCUUUUCUGUCAUUGUCUAUGUGAUCUGCUUACUAGAAACUUCUAUUUUCUGGGUCUGCCAGACUAGCACAUUUCACAAGGAGUGAAUCAAUCUCAGAAAUUGUUCUUAGAAAAAAAGCUUUCCUCAUCUAACUUCUCUCUGCUUCCAAACUCUACCAUCUAAUUUAAUUGUCAGUUAUAGACACUUCGUCUAGUACUGGGCACAUUAACACUGGCAGAAUUGCUCACAGCUUUAGGCAUGUAUGGUUGGACAGAGAAUCUUAGUUUGAAUGGACUGGAAAGUGACACAGACCCUUUUCUGCUGCUUUCCAUGUGCUUUUUAGGUCUGUUUGAAUGCUACACACUCAUGCACACCAAAGGGAGAAAAAUCCAAGCAGAGACAAUCAGACUGAAAAGUAAAAAAUUGUCUAACUAACAAUUUUUGUUACUGUCAUCCCGAUCAAAUUACUCACAUGCUGUUACCAAAGGAAGAGACUUCGGAGGCCAAUAACUGAGAAGAUGUUGAAAAGGUGUAUGUAUUUAUUCAGCAUAUUUUUCAGCUCAUUUCGUUGUGUUUUUUUUCUCUGCUCCGUGCGGUGACUGGAGUUAGUUCGGGGUCUCCUGCGCUCUGGUAUUUCACACGAGAUGUACAGUUUCAACCAGGGGAGUUUGCAUUAAACCAUUACCAAACGGUGGCGUC